AUGGCAUCCGACAGCUUACCUCCCAGCCCCAUCGACCCCCACCACCCUCUUUCUAAUCUCCAGAGGCAGCAUGCCAAUCUGAACCACCAGAUCCAGCAGGCCCUCGGAGCUUCUUCUGGAGCCGAGAAGAUCAACAGGGUGAGACACAUGCCAGCCUUCCCCUCCCAGCUCCACCUGUCGGACAUCCCGAUCCGAGACGCGCCAAGCUUCGAUCAACCCUUGACCCCAAUCUCCCUCUGGCUCCAAACAGUCGAGCCGGUCACGCCGCGAAGCCAUCAAGCUUACGGAGCGGCCUCGUACUGGAGCUCGGACAGCGACAUUUCCAUCGAAUCUGAGUCAGUCUACUCCACCUGUGCGGACCGGGACAACGAGAGUCCUAUCCAGACCCUGAAGACCUUCGACUUCAACCGUCGCGGGGACUACUCGCCCGACGGCAUCAGCCCCACCAACCCUGGAUACCGGGCCGCCGAUGUCCAGCCCGUCCCAGGCCCGAGCACCACCCGCCCGCUGCCUGUUGAAAGCCCGGUGAAAAAGCAACCCAAGACGAACCCAAGCGGCAAGCCCGUUGCCCCGGGCAAGAAGAAACACUGUGCAUCCGCACAUAUUCCCUGCCGGGUCGCGGUCGUGAUCCCCAUCACCAAACUACGCCCAGCAAAACUGGCCGCCAAGAAGCCCCAGGCUUCGCCCCAUCGCCCCAGCGCCUCCUCCCUCCCCCUCCGGCCCUACGAACAGCCCAUCUACUGCUGCCCCGUAUGUGGCUACCAGCUUCCCCUCCUUAGUGCCAUGAGACACCACCUCAGUCAGGCCCAUCCCCACCAUUACAUCUCCAGCCUCGACCGUCAGGAGGGGUCCCAACCUUCCCCCGCUGACAAAUAG